GGGACCCACUGUGGGCUUUCACAAGUUUGUUGAUCAUAUUCUCUAUUACUAGAUUGUGCCACCAUGGCAAGUCCUUAUUUUGAUGAUUGCCAAAAGCUCUUCAUCGCUCCGCCACAAGCUUCCUCUUAUGUCAAUCCACUUUAUGAUGAGAAGGCAACAGCUAACAGUGAGUCUUCCAAAUCACUUGCUGAAAGGAUAGCUGAUUUUGUUGAGGAAUCUAAAAGGCUUCAUGAGGAACACAUGAGGAGGUUGGAUGAAAAGUUGAAAGGAUACAAAUUAAAUCUUCCAGAACUUAAAACCCCUCAACCCAAAAGUGAGGUUUUAAUGGAGGAUUCAAAGAAGUGCCAUGUAGCCGUGUCUCCAAGAACUUUGAAGCAGUUUUGCAAAUCUCAACAACGCCAUGCAGCUUUGGAGGCGACUUCAACAAGUAUGCCUCCAAGUCAUUCUAAGUCUGCAAAGACUAAUACUAGCCAUAGUCCUCUUACUCCUAGGAGGCAUAAACCAACUCAGGUGCAGACAUGUCAACCAUCGAUCAAUGAAGGUCCAUCUUAUGGCCGACAAAAAGUUGAUGCUGCUACACAAAAGCCAACACUUUGGCCAGCAUCAGUACAUAAAUAUGAUAAGGUAUCUACCUCAUAUACUUCUACUUCUUUUAAGACUAACAAGCAUGUUUCUUCUGCCUUGCUUAAGAAGUGUUCGCGGCGACCAUGCUUUCUUAAUGGUCAAAGCCCUUCCAAGUUCAAUUAUGGACAAUGGCUGAAGGUGAAAUAUCCUUUUAAAGUCGUUAGUUUGAAGAGGGGAGUCAUUUCCAGUCUCAAGGGGCAACCUAGUCAAAUUGAACAACAAAGGUUGCAAGACCUUAUUGUUAAUGAAGUUCACACAGCUACAACUAAAAAGGCAACAAGGUUUGUGCCGUUGCAGCCUAAUGCCAAUUCAAGCAUCCAAUCAAUGCCGCCACAGCAAAAGCAUGUGUACAAGCCUAGUCCACAUCAACAGUUUGCAGACUCAUUGCACAAGGCCACUCAGGUGGCAUGCAGGCCACCAUGUUGUCCAACAUGCCAUAGGCUAUAUUCAAAAAAUAAUGAUUCUUUCCAAAGUGGCUUUCACAAAAAAUUCUCAGAUUUUCCUUGCAGCCACAAGGAUAACAUGGGAGGUGGCAUAAGAAACACCAUGCCUUCACAUCUGCCAAGCCGAAGAAGGAGGAAGAAAUCUAAAUACCUCUGUUGGACACUAAUGAAAGAACAAAAGCAACGAACCCAUGUCUUUGAGUGGAGGCACGGGGGGCAUGAUCUUGUACACAAGCAUGGAGGCAUGUGCAAAUGCUACCUCUAUAGACAAAGUCAAUUUCGACAUGAUCACCAUAUAAACCUGGUGGCCCACCCAGAGUUCCCUACCCAAAAUCUUAGAACUCUUCGGAGGCGACUUCAGAAGAAAAGAGCUAAAGAGUGUCAGAGGCAUGUUGUUGCCAAGGUGCAUGCUUCCCAAUGGCAACAACCUCCAAGGAGGCAAAAGUUUAUUUGGGUGGAGAAGAAAAAACACAAUGCAGCUUCUCAAGAGGCAAAUCAAAAUUUAGUCAAUGCAAUCGUGUCUCCAAAGACGUCUGCCAAGCAUGUUCCUUUCAAGUCGAGUGACUCAAAGGCAGCUAAGGAGUUUAAUGUCAGUAACAAAACAAUUAGCCUUGGUGAGUUUAUUAUUGAACUUCCAAGUUCCAUUCCAAAUCUCCCUUUUGUUUUCACAAGGAAGCAAGAUGCAGCCUCUAGUAGCACAGAGGCAGUAAAGAACAAAGCAAACAUGUUUGCCAAAGAAAACAAAAGGAGGAAUCAUAAAAAUGAUGCUGCAACCUUUGUUCCAAGAGGAGGCAUGUUGCUGUCAGUUAAAAGCAUGUCACCGAGGAGACAUUCUGCCAACAAUAUGAAAUCUUUGCAAAAGCACAAGGUAUUCGAUGAAGGCAUAUACUGGCUACAAAACCUUGACGGUAGUUUGCAACUCUCAAAAAUAAAUGGCUUACCUUUUCAGCCAUGUUGCCCUUCGGUCUGUAAGUCAUGCAGUAGAUCGAAGUGGAAAUAAUCUCUUUGCCAAAGUCAGGUUUGGGUGGAGAUCAGCUUUAAUUUAGUUUUUGUUUUUAAUUUUCUACAAUUAGUGUGAAUAAUCUUGUAAUUGAGCG